AUGGCAGCUCCCAUGAACAAUGUGUGUAAACCAUCAAGUGAGCGUUUACAGGUUAAUACUACGAGCUUUCAGAAGAAAACAAGGAGUAAACUGAUCUCAAUUCCCGGGACGAGACCUUCGGUCCAAAAUGGACAACUCUUGGUUUCCACCGGUGUCACGUCGUUGGAUUAUCUGCUCGGUGGUGGGUUAGCUGUUGGCACAGUGCUUCUCAUUGAGGAGGACCGAUAUGACAGCUACUCCCGCAUGAUCUUAAAGUACUUUCUGGCAGAGGGAGUGGUGUGUCGCCAUGAACUUUUUGUGGCGACAGCUCAAGAAAGCCCUGAUGACAUCCUACAGGAGCUACCAGCUCCCAUUUUGGAUGAUGUUGCUGUUGCCAAACCUGUUGAGCAGCCCAGGCUGAGUGGUGAACCCCAGGACAGUUUGGAUGCCAUGAAGAUUGCCUGGCGCUACCAGAAUCUCCCUAAAGUGCAGAGUGCUUUGGCAUCUUCGUCUCGUUUUGGACACUACUACGAUGUCUCAAAGACGAUGGAGGAGGAAAUUCGCCAAGCGGCCACGUUUCACCGCUUCUACCUUCCAGAUCACGUCACCCCUUCAUCAGAGGCACACAGGGUUGAGUCAUACUCUGCCUUACUGAAGUCACUGCAAGAGGUCAUUCAGAGAGAGGGCUUUGAUUUGGCGACCCCAAUGUCAAAGUCACGUAACAUCCUGCGUGUCGGGCUUCACUCUCUGGGCUCGGCUCUGUGGGGGGACGACCUUUGUUGCCAUGACAAACCUAGCAACAGCCACGCCCUGACCACCUUUCUGUAUGGACUUCGUGCGUUACUGAGGUCUUCGCUGUCAGUUGCCGUGGUAACCUUACCCUCUCAUCUCAUCCAGGAUAGAGCUCUAAUGGGCAGCAUAACCCGGCUGUGUGACAAUGCCAUCGCCCUGGAAUCAUUCAAAGGCUCUGAGAGAGAGACCAACCCUCUCUACAAAGACUACCAUGGCUUGCUGUACGUACGCCAGGUGCCUCACCUGAACUGUCUGGCAAGCCAGCUCCCUGACCACAAGGACCUGGCCUUUAAGCUCAAGAGGAAACAGUUUAGUAUUGAGCGAUUGCAUUUGCCUCCGGACUUGUCCGAGACAGUGAGUCGUGUCAGCAGGGGGGAGCUUGCAGGAGUAGCUUCUGCCUGUGGCUCCAGUGCUUCUGGCAACAAAAACCUGGACUUUUGACAGGAAACCAAAGACUGGAAUGGUGUGGCCGUUGCCCUCUUUGCAGCGGCGUCAGGGGUGUUGCAUCGUUCAGGUGAUGUCAACCACAAUCAAGCAGCAAGCUGUUACCACCUGCCAACCAACCCAGCGAGAGGUGAAGAUCUAAACAUCAACAGCUUCUCUGGUCAUCAUAAACCAUCAUUUGCAGUCAUUUUCAUGUAAAUCUAUUUAGUUGUCAUAAUUUUGUUUAAAUAUUAAGGCGCAGUCCUUCAAACUGUCAGAAGGUUUCAUUAAAAGUUAACUUUAUUUUUUUUUUCUCUUUUGUUACCCAUACAAAUAAAACAUUUGUGAACCUAGCUGGAUUCAGGGUUGGAGAAUUAUUUAACAUUUGCUACGUUUAGUUUAUUUUUUUUGUCUCUGCCUACAUUGUAAUCAUGAAAUAUUUUACAGCCUUUACUGAUUCUCCGUCUUGGGAGCCGCUGAAUAAUUUAUCUUUGUUCUUGGCUUUUCUUUAUAAACAAGAGGCAUCUCCUGCACAUCUCCACCAUUUACAUCAUUCUGCAAAUACAAUUUACGUUCCGGGAUGUUACAGUGCGCUCUUGUGAAAUAAAUUAAAGAAGAGAAAAACUAUGCAAAACUCAACUCAUUCACACUUGGAUUUUAGUUAGUCUCUGAGGGAAUGUCUUGAAUGCAGCUCACUGGUUGCCCUAAGUGGUAGCAGGUCCAUAUAGAAAGGCCCACAGACGGAUGUGGUGAGUGGCAAAAAACUGGAUUUGUGGGUUGAUUUUACACCUGGUUUAGCUGCUUUGCAAUCACAAGCCCAAGAGAACAAAUUAGGUCAGAUGGUGAAGAAAUCAACAUGUUGAAUGAAAUGUAUUAGGGAUGUUUGUAACAGAACGAUGAAAUGUCACAAGAUUUUGAAAGUAAAAUAGAUCG